UUCAAGAAAAUCCGCUACGAGUCUCCACUGCUUUUGACUGAAAAACGAGUAGUACGAGUGACUUAAAUAACAAUAAAGAAGAUAAAUUUUUAUGUACGCAGUGUACGUAAAAAGUAUGUCUUGGAUCGUAAAUUCUCUGCGCCUUGCCGCAAGCACGUGGAAUCCGCAAGUAAUUCCAGUGCGAUUUCGCUAUUACGCUGCCAGGGUAGCAAAGGGCCCUGUACCAUACCGAUAUGGAUAUAAUGAUUAUAUCAGCAGGAAGGGUCUUUUACCUCGUUCGGAAAAGUUUGGAAGAAGACUUCCGAUGCCGAUGUAUCGCCCGAAAGACAGUUGGUCCGUGAAGAAGGCAUUGUUUGGCCAAAAUGACUACAUUGAUAUAUUGGGCUCCGAUAAACUGCACCCGACAAGGAUCCUCUAUAACGUACCCUCCUGGUUAAGAGGUUUCAAGGGGCACGAAUAUCAAGUUUUGUUGAGGAAGAGGAAAAUAUGGCAGAAGGGCGUGUUUCCAAUAGCGAGACCAACGAAAUGGAGAGACUUGCAGAAGAGAAUAAAGUAUCUGUACAAUUUCAUAAAUAGAAAAACUAGAUAUUAAUUUUGUUCGAAAUGUAUAAUUAAAUCCUAAUUUAAUUAUUAAAUAAAACUUUGGGCACAGUUAGUA